UAAUCUUCAAGAUCAGAGAGAUUUCAAAGAAACUGAAGAAAGAAAUCGAAAUCUGCAAAUUCAUCUUCUUCUUCUUCCUCCGAUUCAUCUUUCUCCGUUUCCGGCGAUAACCUUCAUCGAUUCUUCAGAUUUCUCAGUGUAUUUGAUUAUCGUGGAAUGGAGCUAAAGAAUGUGAAGGAUGCGUUUGAUCGUGUUGCCAAAAAGCAGAAGCUUUGCUAUAGCAAAACGCAAGAAGUUGUAGAUAGACUGUCUCAAGAAAUCAACAAGGCAUUGGAUACGAUACAGGAGGAUAAUCAUGAAUCUGUUGUUGCUGAUCUGAAGAAAACUUUUGAGGAGAUUGCUCCAAUCAAUCAACUAGAAGUGUCUCAGAAAGAAGUAAAUGGUGCUCUGACCAAAUAUCCGAAAGCUUUGGAUAAAACUCUGAAUCCAGAUAUAUCGACGGCUUAUAGAAACGUCGAGUUUGAUACUCGUACCGUUCACCAGAUAAUAGCUCAGUUUUUCUACAGGCAAGGCAUGUAUGACAUUGGUGAUAGUUUCAUUUCUGAGAUUGGUGAGUCUGAGCUUGUUGAAUCUUCUGUUACGAAAGCCUUCAUGGAAAUGAAUAUGAUACUUGAAGCCAUGGAGAAACGAGAUCUCGGACCAUCUCUUAAGUGGGUAGCUUCAAACUCUGACAAGCUAAAGCAAGCAAAGUCAGAUCUUGAGUUGAAACUUCACAGCCUUCACUUCCUGGAGAUAGCAAAAGACAAAAACUCCAAAGAAGCUAUCAACUACGCGAGAAAACACUUUGCUGCAUAUUCAAGUAGCUGUUUACCUGAGAUUCAGAAACUCAUGUGCUCUCUUUUAUGGAACAGAAACCUCAUAAAGUCCCCAUACUCAGAUUUCCUCUCACCUGUAUUAUGGACCAACGCUGCCAAGGAACUAACCCGACAAUACUGCAAACUACUUGGUGAAUCAUCAGAGAGCCCUUUAAGUGUAACAGUUGCAGCUGGUUCACAAGUUCUACCAACGUUUUUGAAAUACUUAACCGUGAUGCCAGAGAAAAGACAAGAGUGGCAAACAAUGAAGCAACUUCUUGUACCUGUGGAACUCUCUGAAGAGUAUCGCUUCUACUCGGUCUUUGUCUGUCCUGUCUCUAAAGAACACUCAAGUGAAGAGAAUCCACCGAUGAGAUUGGGUUGUGGUCAUGUCCUUUGCAAGCAGUCUAUCAACAGAAUGUCGAGGAAUGGAUCAAGGUCGUUCAAGUGUCCUUAUUGUCCAACAGAUAUUGAUGCUUCGCAGUGUAAGCAGUUGUAUUUUUAGAGUAGUUUUAAAACCCUCUCUUUUCACAACUUCUUAUGCUGCAUUUCUUAAAGAAGGUAGACAAAUGUUUGUGGUCAUUUUUUUUCUUCUUUCUUUUAUGAACUUGAAUUGAGUUCGUGUACAAAAACUAUAGUUUUAAACAAAACCUUUAUAUACCC